AUGACAAAACGCCGGGCGCUCAUUGAUAUAACGUUGAUCUGGAUUUGCUCGGCAUUCUUCGCGAGCCCUACUCUACUCUACUCCAGGACUAUAAUCAUACCAUACGAUACAUAUAGACAUCGUGUGGUGUGUCUACUGGAAUGGCCGGACGGCAUAUCAGUUCAUUCAAACUAUGAGUUUGGUUAUAACAUAGCGUUUCUAUUGCUAACAUACGUCAUACCGAUGGCAACGAUGGCCAUCGCGUACACCCGUAUGGGUCGAGUGCUGUGGGACUCGCGGCUCAAUGAACUCAACUGUAAUAUACAGUCAGAUGUGAUCCGAAAUAAGCAG